CCCCCCUCCUCAAGCUUCACUUUCAGGGCCUUCCCUAUCCCCAACAUUCAGCCCAAAUUAUGGCUCCUCCAACUUCUCUGGUUAACAGGCUCAAGGUGCAGCUCAAGCUCUCCAUCUCGCGGCUGCGCAUGGUGCAGCAAAAGGACUCGGCGAAAGCAAAGCAGCAGCGGCGAGAGAUGGCCCAGCUGCUCGAAGCAGGCAAACUGCAGUCCGCCAAAAUCCGCGUCGAAAACAUCAUCCGUAGCGACAUCAACACCGAGCUCCACGAAAUGCUAGAGCUGUACUGCGAACUCCUGCUCGCGCGCUCUCAACUCCUCGACCCCCCUUCCUCUCCCUACGGUGGGGCCCAACCCCACAACGCGAUCCCGCUAGAUCCAGCGCUCGAGGAAGCAGUCCGCUCUAUCAUAUACGCUGCGCCGAGAACAGAAGUCAAGGAACUGCAUACCACUCGCGCGCUGCUGGUCGAGAAGUUUGGCAAGGAUGUGGCGCUGGAGGCGAUGGAGGGGGACGGCGUUGCGGAACGCGUGUUGAAUAAGCUGAAAGUUGAGACGCCAAAGCCGGAGCUUGUCGACGCCUACUUGACGGAGAUCGCGCGCUUCUAUGGGGUCCCCUAUGGCGAAUCACACACCAAUGACGAUGAUGACGAUGAGGGUGGAGGAGGCAUCGGAGAACUAGCUGAAGAGCCUGAAGCGCAGAAACAACUAGAGCCGGCAUUGGAAGCAGAGCCUGGGGCAAAGGAUCCGAAGGACCAGAGAGAAGAAGACGAAGUCGAGGAGUUAAGCAAGGCGACCCCGCCACGGAAGUUUGGACCCCAAAGCCCAUUGCGCAUUACGCCUCCAAGCCCGAGUACGGAUAAUGUGGCACCGAAGUUGAGAUUACCAGGCAAUACAGCCACGAAGGCGAAAGUCCCUGCAGCCGCCCCGAAAGCAGCGGCAAAGAAAGAUGAGGGACCAGGAGGAAAGAUACCUGAUGUUGAUGAGCUUGCGAGGAGGUUUGCGCAGUUAAAGAGGUGAUAGCAGAUGCUACGUGUAUGUGUGCGUUGGUUUCAUGAGCAUCAUAUUGUGAGGAGUACCUAGGCGUUGAUUACUCAUUCUCUUCUUAUCAUUGAGCCAUAAGAUUUAAACUUUCUAUGGCGUGAAGAUUUCUUCGGGGUUAUAGCACUUCCAUGUUGGCAAAGUGGAACGAAGCAUUCUUUCCUAAAUCUAAACAAUG